AUGGCAACCAUCGAAAAAAAGAAACCGUGUCCAAAUUCCAUCUGUCUUCCUCAAGGUGGGACAGGACAAGUUUGUAAUGGUGCUACACUACGUAUCAAUUCUCUUCAGGAUAGUCGAUGCCCAGUGAAUGUACAAUGUAUAUGGGCAGGACAAGCAAACGUGACUUUACUUCUUUCAAAAGGAAGAGCUUCGAAUACUACAGAACUUAUUCUUGGUGCACAACCUCAAGAUCAGGCUGAAGUAACUCUAGACAACAAAGUGUAUUAUGUUCUACUUCAAAGUGUUGAGCCAUAUCCUGGUAAAAGUAAUACUACAUCCACAGCUUGUAUUCAAGUUACAUGUCCAUAG